GUUCCCCCUUACAUUCCUGUCCUCUCUGGCCUUUUCUCUCCUCCUUCUCUUCACCCUUUUCUCCUCUUCUCAUUAGGUGUCUCUACUUUGCUCGGUUUUGAGAAAAAACAAAAAAAAAUCCUAGAGAUUAUUCCUUCUUCCUCCCUUUGACAUUUAUCCCCCUAUUAUAUAUAUAUAUAUAUAUAAAAAAGUCAUCAUGGGAUCCAUCUUUUCCGCACCCAUCUUCUUCAUCAUGUUCAGAGAGACGACCGAGGCAGCCAUCAUUGUCUCGGUCUUGCUCUCGUUCAUCAAGCAGGUCAUUGUUGAUGAUCCAGUCCUUUACCGCCGUCUGAGAUGGCACGUUUGGAUCGGUGUGUUGAUCGGUCUUGUCAUCUCAUUAAUCAUAGGAGGAGCCUUCAUCGCUAUUUGGAACUCGUUGGCCAAGAACGUUUUCAUGGCUCAUGAGGAGUUAUGGGAGGGAACAUUCGCGUUGAUUGCCUGUGUGAUGAUCACGGUGAUGGCUUUGGCCAUGUUGAAGUCCCAGGACAUGCAAGAGAAGUGGCGUGGGAAGUUAUCCCAGUCCAUGGACAACAUGGACAAGAAGCAAACUCUCGCCGGACGUUCUCGUAAAUACGCCCUGAUGAUCUUGCCCAUGAUCACUGUCCUUCGUGAGGGUUUGGAGGCUAUGAUUUUCCUCGGUGGUGUUACAUUCGAUGCUGAACCAAAGUCUAUUCCUCUUGCUGCUAUUACUGGUUUGUUGGCUGGUGCACUUCUUGGAUUGAUCAUCUACCGUGGAGGAUCCCUUUUGGCUCUUCACCGCUUCUUUGUUGCUUCGACCUGUUUCCUGUUGUUGAUCGCUGGCGGUCUUUUCUCCAAGGCCAUUAAUGCUUAUGAGAUGGACAAAUGGAACAAGAUUGUGGGAGGCGAUGCUGAUGAUGCUGGUUCGUACGAUCCCCGUAUCAAUGUCUGGGCCCUCAGCUAUGGUAACCCCAAUGAUCCCACUCAAGGUUUCGCUGCAUUCUGCAACUCGAUCGUCGGCUGGAACAACGUUGCAUCGGUCGGUACCGUGACAGGAUACUGCGUCUACUGGCUCGGUGUCAUUGCCGCUGUUGUUUACCUCAAGAUCAAGAGCAAACGUGCUCGUGCCGCUGCUGCCGCCAACCCUGUCUUCGUCGAUGAGAAGGCUGCUGCCUCUCAAGUUCAGAGGACUGCUGCCGCUCAGUAUUAAGCUCUCUGAACAAAGCCUUCACCCUUUUUUUUUAAUCUUCAACCAAAAUCUAUCAAUCAGCCUUUUGUAAUCAUUAGCAUUAUUCUAUCGACUUCAUUUUUCCCUACAUCUCUCUCUCUU